AUGGAGCCGGCGCGGUGCUCCGGCGUGGGAUCUGGGAACUCCGGAACUUACGCGACGGAAGUGACGGAAACAUUUCGUUUCGAGGAGGAUUCCUCCCGCGGCUUCCGCCUCGGGGAUCCCAAGGCAGUCCGACUUCCGCUCCGUUGCUCGCCGACCUUUCCCUCCAACGCUGCCCUAAUUGAGCGCGCCACCAGAUUUUCAGUCUUUGCUAACUCCGAGGACUCACCGGAGGCCAGCUCCGCCUUCCCCUCCAACUCCGACGGCGAUCACUCCCCGAACACUAAAUCCGACCCCCCUGACUCCGAGCUGAAGCCCCAGCGCCCGGUGAAAAGAAAAGAAUCCGAGAAAUCCUCAAAGGUAAUCUCCACAUCUCAAUUUCUUCUGCUAGUUCACCUACCGUUUCCGAUCACAAGAGCCCGUCGUUCUUCCAGACCAAAAAUCCAUCGAAGAAAGGAAAAUCCGCCUCCGCCGCCGGUGACGAGGGUUCUCCGGCGAAUCCAGACGGGGAAAAACUACCGUAUGUUCACGUCAGAGCUCGCCGAGGCCAAGCCACUGACAGCCAUAGCUUAG